AUUAGUAGCGGGGGAAAGUUUUGAUUCUUUCCUCCAAAAUAAUCAAGACAAAACUGUAUUAGUAAAGUUCUUUACUGACUGGUGCGGACCUUGCAAAACUUUACAAGAAAGCAUUAGAAAGUUAUUGGCCGAGUUGGAGCGGAUGAAGGAAAAGGAAAACGAUUUAGUGGUGUUGGAAAUAGAUGCUGAAAAAUUUCCUGAGUUAGCCCGAAGGCCAGAGUUUAAUGUUUGUUCAGUGCCUGUUCUCUUUCUUUUUCGGGAAGGAAAAAUGUUGAAAAAAAGUGGUGGUAGUUUGAGUGUCCCCCAGUUAAGGGAAUUUUUGGUGGGAGGCGUAGUUCAAUUGGUAGAACGUCGGCCUUCAGAUCCGACUGUUGUGGGUUCAAGUCCUGCCGCCUCUGCCAAGUUAUGCCCAAAUGCCGAUGGUAAUCAAGUUAAGAUUAAAGGAGAAACCGAAGCUGAAUUAGAAGUAAGAGUGGUAGAUAAAAACGGCGACAAAAUAAAACGCUACUUGGACAUCAAACUAGGUGAACAUAAAGUGUUGAUAACUAUGAAAUUUCAGGAUGAACGAAGCAUAACAGUAAAAAAAAGAGACGAGUUUGAGAAAGCCAAAAAACAAGCCCACAAAAAUUUGUUAAAACAGAAGUUUGGUAGUGAUAUUGAUAAAAAGCAGGACAUGGCAGAGACAGAAGAUAUGAAAUAUACUAUUUUGGACGACGGAAAGGGAGAUUAUAAAGUGAACGAAAACAAGAAAAGAAGUCAGCAGUAUCAAACAGUCUCUACUUCCUCCCAAAAUAUCUCCAAUAGUAGUUGUAGCAAUUGUAGUCCUUUUUAUACCGGCGCUUUGGCUAGUGAAAUAAGUGUGGGGGCGGUCGAAAAGUUUCGUCAGCGAGCUCAAAAGGUCAAGGUGUUCCGGAAAGGAAAAAAUUUCUCGGUAUUAGUUACCUCGGAAUUAAUGGAAACGAGAAAUUAG